AUGGCGGGACCCCGCGCCCCAACAGCAGCGACCCGCUCCGUGCCCGGCUACCCCAAGAACGCCGGAAACCCCACAACAAAGCCGGCAAUGGCGACACCCUCGCCGACGCGCAAACGAAAGGCCGAUCCCUCGGACGACGCAUCACUGCUAUCUUCAUCACCAAGUCAGGUAAAGAAACCAAAGACAGCCGGCGCGAGUACCGGCGAGAAGCGCCUGCGUCGAUACCGACCGAAACCACCCCAAAGCUUCCACGAAGUCUACCAUCGAGCGACGACACAGCGCUUCUAUGUCCUCGAGCGUCGACGAUGUGGGACCCCGGAUGCGCCCGAGGAGGAAAUAGAGUUGACCGGCUCUACUGGCAACGUGUACACCGUCAAGAUUGGUCAGACCCCGUCGUGCAGCUGCCCGCACUCCAUGAAGGGGAAUCAAUGCAAGCACUGGCUCUAUGUCAUGUCUCGAGUCCUCCGCGCCAAAUUCGAACACACGUACCAAUUGGCCCUGGUUCCUAGUGAACUGAAGGAGAUCUUCGACAAGGCCCCGCCCAUCGAUACCCCAGCCGACGAUACCCAAGAUAAGAAUCGAAAACCCAUUGAUGGCGAUUGCCCCAUCUGCUUCUGCGAGCUCGAGUCCGAUAAUAAGGAGACUAUUGUGUGGUGCCGCGCAGCCUGCGGGCAAAACAUUCACAAGGAGUGUUUCGAGACGUGGGCUGCAACGAAACGUCGCGGCAGCUACGGCGGAAGCGACGUGACGUGUCCAUAUUGCCGGAGCGUCUGGCAGGGUGACGAUGACAUGGUGAAGAACAUUAAGAAAGGCGGCAAGAUUACCCGUGAGGGAUACGUCAAUGUGGCUGAGCAGCUCGGUAUCAGCACGCAAAGAGAUUAUAGCACCUAUUCGAGAUGGUGGACAGGAGGUUACUGA